AUGCCUCCCAGACGAGGCAACAAGCCCAGCUGGGCCUACGAUGCUCACAAGAAAGCCGGGAAGUUUCAAACCCGCCGGCCUCAGGAGAUCCCGACCCCGGUCCCUCCUCCCUUCCUCCCCGGCAACCCACCGCCCAUCGUCUUGCCCACCACUUGGCCGCGCUUCGAGAUAUUCGCUCGACCAAUUCCACUUCAAAACGGCUUCUAUGAGUUAGUUUAUGUGCAAGUCCCAGAGAUGAUCGUUCUUGGCAUCACACCCAUCGAAUCUGGCGAUCGACUCAGACCCGCGUUUGUGAAGGCGUGGGAACGAUCCAACGAGAUGAUGCGGGGCCGCUAUGGGGUCCGCCUUCCGAUCUGGAUGCGGCCUAAGUCGCGUUGGCAGCGAAUUCUGGAGAUGGUGCCGUACGGGGCGAAGACUGAGGUCAUGAUCAAUCUUAUAGCUCUUGCCGUCAUCGGCCUCGCUAUAGUUGGUAUUUUUGUGGUUUGGGAGGCUCGUCACCUUUCAGGCAUCCAGACAUGCAAGAAGUUCUGCAGAUAG